AUGUCGGAUCCGGUCGCACGUCCCAUGAAAUUCCCGUAUACCUUCUCGGCGAAGGUGGCCCAGUUCCCGAUUCAGCAUUACUUCAAGAAUCAAUGGAUCUGGCGUUAUUACUUCAUCGCGUUCGGCGCUUCCAUUCCGCUGUUCUAUAAAAUCCACAAGCUAGCCAAUUCACCGGCAAACCAAGCGAAAUGGGCUGAAUCGAAGAGGAAGGAGCACGAGGAGCACCAUUAA